AUGAUCGCUGGAACAUCAUACCAUAGGGCCCAGCUUAACGCCCAUAUCGCAGGCAUGUACACCGAGGGUGUCGCGGACGAGGACACAUUCGAGGAGCUGUGGGACGUGGGCACCGCCAUCGAGGUCUCCCGCCUCUUCAUCUACGACGCCUCCAAGAUCAUCGACGGCAUCGACAUCCUGAUGUCCGCCCCCACGCCCUCUAUCAUCUCUCCCUCUGCUCUCUGUCUCGGGGAGGAGCCCGAAGUGGACUUUGACGAGGUGAUAGCCCUGACGCAGCAGCUCAUGCGGUGCACCUCCAGGUGA